AUGGUUACAGAUUUUGGAAAUAUGUCCUUAGUUGGUAGAGUUUUCUCGAAAAAGCGAUGCAAUGCUAAGUUUAUCAGUACAGGUUUUUGUCGAAUAUGGAAAACCAAGAAGAAAUGGAAUGUUAAGAUACUGAAACGUGAGACAGUUAACUCGUAUGUUGGGUGCACUUUCGAGAGUGACGAGGAUCUUCAAAAAGUUAACUAUAAGAUGCCUUGGAACUUUCGAGGUCGGUUGAUGAUUAUUGAGGAAUGGUUGGUGUCGGGACAAUGGGUGGAUGCAAAGCUUGGUACAAUUCCAAUUUGGAUUAAAAUGGCAGGAUUUCCUUUGAAGGCUUUCAAUGUUAGUAAUAUUGAAAAGCUUGGGAAUAUGGUUAGUAAUGUUAUGGAAGAAGUUAAAGGGAGUAAUAACCAUAAAAUGUUACUAACUUAUUCAGUCUGUGUUAAGAUUGUUUUCCCCACAGGUUGCCGUAUCAUGGUUCGAAAGCAUAUGAUCAUUGAGGGAAGACAACAGUGGAUUUAUUUUAAAUUUGAAAAGUUUCCGAGGCUCUGUUUUACUUGUGGAAAAUGGGGGCAUGAUAAAAGGGAAUGCAACGAGGAGAAGGUUAUGGAGAAAAGCAUUACAGGAGAAAUGGAAAAGGCCAUAAGCAACAAAAAAGACGAUGCACAAUCUCAGGCAACAACAACCAGCAAUCAGAGUAGUGGAAUAAGGAAUGUUGGAGAUUCUAAGCAUGAGGGAAUUUGUAGUGGCGCAUUGAAUACUGAGAAGGGGAUUGGAGGACACAACACCCCAAAGAUGGCAAUGGCGGCUCAAGAGAGAAAAAACUAUUCCCAAAAAGAUGCUAAUGGUAUACUGGAAAAGGUUGACAAAAAGGAGGAUGUGAAGGUGGCUAAUGGAAUAGAUGACGACUUCCAAGACAUUUGGGUGAAAAAUAAUGGUUUUGUGAUGUUUUACAAGUAA